CGAAGCACACCGUACAGCAUACUUAUCUACUUGAUUUGCAUCAUGCUACAAAAGUAGCGGAUAAUUACAACAUAAGUAAAUCUGAUUGAUAUCAAAUUUCGAAAAAUCCGACAAAUAAUUGACAACAUUGGAGGUUUCGUCGUGGAAAAUUAUCAUUGUUUUCUGGAUCAAUUUCGCACGGGAUGACGGGUUGUUGCGUCCCCGGUUGCAACAAUUCGAACAGAAAGGGAUUUUUGAUGAGAAACUUUCCUUCAAAUCCUGAUCGGAAAAAACAGUGGAUUACCAGUAUUGGUAGACCGAAUUGGACACCCAGUGCGCACAGUCGAAUAUGUGAGAUACAUUUCACCAAAGACAUGUGGGAGAAAGACCGUUGUGAUGGCAAACGCAAACUAAAGUAUAACGCUGUACCUGUGAUUUCUCCUCCUGUGCCACACAAUGUAUCUGUGCCACAAGAUGUUCCUGUGCCGCAAGAUGUUCUUGUGCCGCAAGAUGUUCCUGUGCCACAAGAUGUUCCUGUUUUAUCAGAAAAUAGCAAUAAAAACAACAAUGUCGUGAAUAUGCUUAUUGCAAGCCUGACAAAUGAAGGAAAUGUUGAGAUAAAUUAUCAGUAUCAGUUACACUCAGACAAUAUUAAGCAAUUAAACGAUAAACAACCAGAAGAUCUUUUAAGUAUGUUCACGAACGUUCAGGAAGAGAUAGACUGGGAGAAACGAUGCCAGGAAUUGAAGCAGCUGCUGGCAAAGAGCAAAAGUAAGUGUGAGAAACUUGAAGACACUAUGAAGAAGCGCGAAGAAUUGUUUAACAAGAUAAUAAGAAAGAGUUACCUAUACAAGAUAAGAUCAGAGAAACGUUUGAAGAAAUUGAGGCAAGAAAAUCAAAUUUGCAACAAGUUAAAAAGUAGAUUAAGAGAAGUCUUCAAUGAAGAUCAGGUUAGGGUUCUCACCAAUCCAAAAAUGAGCUGCCGAGAAUGGUCCGAUGAGACAGUUAAACGAGCUAUUCAGUUAAGACGUGCAUGUGGUAGUGUUGGAUACCAACAGAUUCUAGAUCAACAUAUUCCUUUCCCUUGUGAACGAACGCUUCGAAGGAAAAUACAUAAUGUUGAAUUAGAUAAAGACACUGAACAUAUUAUAACCGAAGAAGCAACUAACUUGUUUAAUGACAAGGAGAAACUACACUGAA